AUGGUGAUACGAGGAAUUGACGGAUAUCAGGGAUUGAAGGAAAUAAGGGAAGGGCAAUUAGGUCAUUUGUGCUCGGCACCCGCCAGGUGUCGAUCACGCACAGGGUUCGGCUCAGAUUCCAAAGUGGAAUUUGGGUCGGGUCCUGUCAGCAGACAUGCUAAAGAAGAUCGUGAGGCCGAUGAAGAGGAGGAAGAAAUGGUUGUAGCGGUGUGUAUGCUCAAUGAAUCAAGGCAACACCACCGUCGUCAUGCCCCGAACUUUGAACAGACAUAG